AUGUCGCGAACAAAGGCCCUUGUCCGCCGCGCUGUCAUCGGCACUCGUGCUCGCCCCUCAUUGGCCUUCGCCACCCGCGCUUUUUCAGCUGAAGUCGAUGUCGAGCCUGAGUCGGUAUCGUUCGAAGACAUUAGCACGGCGUCCUUUCGCAUCCGUGAUGGGAUCCAGCAGACGCACUGUGAGUACACGCCGUUGCUGUCGCAGCGCAUGGGAGUGGAGCUCUACCUCAAGAAGGACCAUCGGCAAAUGACUGGCAGCUUCAAAGAACGGGGCGCUCGGAACGCUUUGUUGCAGCUGACCGACCAGGAGAAGCAGCACGGCGUCGUGGCUGCUUCGGCUGGUAAUCACGCUCAAGCGUUGGCCUAUCACGGCCGACUGUUGGGGAUCCCUGUGACGUGUGUGAUGCCCAAAGUCGCGCCGUUGACCAAGAUCAUGCGCUGCCGGGAACUCGGGGCGCGGGUUGUGCUGCAUGGGGAGCACAUCCUGGAAGCUCGUGAAAAGGCUGAAGACUUUGUGCGGGACGAGAACUUGAUGUACAUCAACGGAUUCGAUCGUCCGGAGAUUAUUGCGGGGGCUGGUACCAUGGGCAUCGAGAUCUUGCACCAGGUACCCGACGUCGAUGCGAUCAUUGUACCGAUCGGAGGUGGUGGCUUGAUUGCUGGUAUUUCGCUCGCUGUCAAGACCCUGUCUCCAAACGUUCAAGUGAUUGGAGUCGAGCCGGAGUACUGUGCGAGUUUCUCGGAAGCUCUGAAGGCUGGUAAGCCCGUGCACAUGCCGUCAAAGCCGACGCUUGCAGACGGCCUAGCGGUUCCUUGUGUUGGUGCUAACGCCUUCGAGAUCGCUCGCACGUACGUUGACAAGGUCGUGACUGUCUCGGAGCGCUCGAUCGCACUGAGCGUGCUGCGUCUCGUCGAAUUGGAAAAGGUUGUCGUGGAAGGUGGAGGGGCAUCCUCACUAGCUGCCCUGAUCGACGGCAAACUGCCCGAGCUGCAGGGGAAGCGCGUUGUACUGCCUCUCACAGGUGGCAACAUUGACACACCCGUCCUCGGUCGCGUUAUUGACCGCGGUCUGGCUGCAGACGGUCGUCUCGUGCGCUUCGUGGCUACUGUGAGUGACCGUCCUGGCGGUAUUGCUCAGCUGACGUGCUUUCUGCGUGACUUCGGUGUGAGCGUCAAGGAUAUCUAUCACGAGCGUGCUUGGGUGCAUGCCAGCAUCUCCCACGUUGCAGUCAAGUGCGUUGUCGAGACACAAUCGAGCGAGCACGCACUUGAGCUGAAGCAGCACCUCGAAGACGAAGGCUACCCACUUAUCUGGGAGAGCUUCGCUGGACUCCAGUCUCCAACUGUUGAGUUCUGA